UCCAACAUGGAACGAUUUUGGGCUAUUCACUCCCACCGUAACAAGAUAACAAUGAUAUUACAGAAAAGCCCCUUAAACUAAUGCCUUUGACUAUGCCCCUCAAACUUUAUUUUAAUGCAGUUCACUCCCUAAACUUUGGCGAGGAAAAAUACCACUCCUUGUCCAAUUUCCUGGCAAAGCUAAAGGCCAAAACUUAUUUCAGAGGGCAACAAAGAAUCUGGAAUUUAUUUCCUUACUGCAGCAUUCAAUUUCUGCUUCCUCCUCCUCCUCCUCUUCUUCUUCUUCAUCACCACCCUUGCACUUGGACGAAAUUCUGAAGGCUGUCGGUGUUAACAGUCGGCACUUUCUGGCACUCAAAAAGCGAAGGAAAUAGAAAGGACGUCCCAAGGGACAGCACUGGUACUUCAAAUGGUUGAAGAAAGGAAAAAGGAGAUUCUGCAGCACCUACAGAACGAUACUGUUCUCAAAGUUUUCCUUGUUGGGGAGUCCGGGGUCGGGAAGACUUGGAUCGCAAGAGAAACGAGCAAUUCUGCGCUAAGCAGCGGUUUAUCAGGAUUUACCAUUUGGUUGUUCCGAAAGAAGAAAAUGUAUGACACUAGCUCCAUCUGCAAGGACAUUGCACGGCAGUUCUCGCUACUUUCCAUGAAGGAGAAGCCCGGAAGCGAUUUUGAGGAAGCAGAUGGUUCAGGACCUGGAUUGGUCUCAUUCUGUGGCUCGGGCUCGAGACCAGGAUCAGCCUCAGUUUCAGCCCAGCAGUGUAUGGUGGACCAGGUCCGGAAAAAACUCAAGGAGAAGAUCCUGGCACUGGCUGAUGAGCACAAGAAAUUCAUUCUACUGAUCCUCGAUGAUGUCCCAAACGAGGUGAACGUGGACAAUAUUAUUUCGAAAGUUCGGGCCCUGUUCGAGGAGUCUGUUGAGGUUACGGUUAAGGUUCUCAUUACUCAAAGAGACCAAGAAUCAGCUCUAGCCCUCGAGGAGUCUGCAAAGGUUGUCGAAAUCAAGCCCCUGCCCGAGGGGGACUCUUUGACUCUUUUCCGCAGUAUGCUCAUCAAGGGAGUCUCCGACUGUCGAGACUUCGAGAAGCUGGCGGGAGAGAUUGUGAAGAAGAGCAGGUGCUUGCCCGGUGUUUUAAUUGCCACGGCGCAGGCCUUAAAUUGGAUUGCACGGGGAAAUUCUGACACCGAGAUCUUGGAGAUGGAGCUGCAAGAAGCAGCCAAUGAUGAGGACCCGACCAAGGGUGUCAAUCCGCUGCUCCAGUUCUGUCUCGAGAGGCUGCCGACCAGCCAAGUGGCGAGCUGCUAUUGGCAUGGGCGGGAACUGUUUCGUGACUGCAGCGCGUUCCACUUCAGCGAGGUGAUCACUCACUGGAUAUUGGAGGGAUACCUCGGUCAAGUUGAGAGCAUUGACAGGGCCUAUGCAGAGGGACACCGCGUCCUGAUCGAGCUCAUUGAUCGAUGCCUGAUGAAGACUCUUGAUGAUAAUCUCAUCACCAUGGAAGGGUUGGCUUUGGCUCUGGCUGAUAACAGGGAUCGUGGGCUCUGCGGGGAGAGCAACCUUGGAAUGGUUCGUAUUAUUGGAGAUGGAGAAUCAGAAGGACUCGGGAGAAUAGCGAGGACCAAAGGAAUGGCGAAGACACUUUCUGAGCAGAAGAGCGUGGAACCAGUCACCCUUGUGCUCGACCGUACUCAAUAUACUGAACUCGCCAUGGGACUAAAUCAGGAAGUCCAGGGCAUUUCUCUGUUUAACCCGAGCUUUCAAUCUGUGCCGGGGUCACUUAGCCAUGCGCAGAAUCUUCUCGUGCUCAGAGAGUCCAACUGUCUUAACAGCAUUACUGAGAUAAGAAACUUCAAAUCAUUGACUGUUCUUGAGAUAUCGGGUGCUAGCUCCUUGGAAGAACUUCCACGUGAUCUUUUCAAGCAGAUGGUUGAUAUCCGGAGUCUGAACUUGUCAGGGACGGGAAUUAAGACUCUUCCUUCGUCUCUUUCGAAUUUGAGCAAACUUCGAUGGCUUGUCCUCAGCAACUGUUCUUGCUUGGAAACGCUCCCUAGCCUAAAGAAAUUCAAGGAACUCGAAGUGCUCAAUCUUAAUGGAGCAAAUUCGUUGAAGAGAAUCCACGACCUGAACUUUGCUCCGCUUGAGAAGCUUCAGUUCCUUGAUCUUUCUUAUACACAAAUUGAACGCUUACCCUUCAUUCACGACUCGAAGAGCCUGAUACGGUUAUUCCUGCAUGGCUGUUCCAAGUUAUUCAGAGUCCCAGCUCUGCCACAGAGCCUUCAGAUCCUCGAUCUCUCUAAAGCCUCAAAUUUGAUGGAAAUCUUCCAACUGCCUUUGAAGCAGAGUGAUCUCCGAGUACUUAACCUGAGUGGCUGUUCUGCUAUCGAGAAACUUCCCAGCACCAAAACGUUUAAGAAACUCGAAUAUCUCCACCUUUCAGGGGCUGUGGCUCUGGCUGAGAUUGAGGAUGAAUCUUUUGAGCACUUGAGUGGCCUCAAGGUUCUUGAUCUCUCUGAAACCAAAGUCGAGAAGUUACCUUCGCUUAGUGGCCUCGGCAAUCUCCGGAAACUCCUGUUGAGGAGCUGUGGGUCAUUGAGAACUCUCCCCGGAAUGAAAGGGCUCUCAAGGCUUGAGGAGCUCGAAAUUUCGGGCAGCUCUUCUCUGACAAAACUCGACCUCGAACAUUUGAAUCACAAGAACCUUAGAAAGCUCACUCUUGCUUGUUGUGCUCACUUGAUUGAGAUCCCGUCCCUAAAGGAUCUCCAGAAACUUGAAAUUCUUGAUCUCUGGGAUUGUGCUUCCCUGAGUGUGAUCCAAGAUUCCUCAUUUGAGCACAUGUCACGACUCCAACGGCUUGAUCUCUCUGGAACAAACAUUGAAGAGUUACCUUCCCUUUUGAAUCUCAGGAAUCUACGCCACCUUCUGCUACGGAACUGUGCUAAUCUGAAGUCUCUUCCCGGUCUGGAAUCUCUUACGAUGCUUCGGGAUAUCGAUCUCUGUGGGGCCUGCUCAUUACCAGAUGAUGUUGUUUGGUUGGAGUCCUUGAAGAAUAUGACUCACCUUGAGAAACUCGAUUUAUCAGGUGCUCGAGUAAAUGAGUUGCCUUCCUUUGCAAGUCUUACGCAGCUCUCACUAAGUGGCUGCUCGGAUUUCAGCAAGUUGCCAAACUUGGAAGAACUGAUACAGCUCAAGGUUCUCAAUCUUGCCGGUACAGCUGUCAAAAAUCUGCCAUUCCUUGAAAGCCUGGUUAAGCUCCAAGAACUCAUUCUUAGGGACUGCUCGGGCUUGGAACAGCUUCAGAGUCUGAGCUUACUAAUCCGUCUUGAGAUUCUCGAUAUGUGGGGGACCGGUAUCAAAGAAUUUCCGUAUUGGACUCAGGAACUGAAUCAUCUGAAGCGGCUCCAUCUUCCAGACCUCAGAAGGAUGGGAAUUGAUUGGGGCAGAAUCAGGCGGCUUCCAGAAGAGCUCAACUGGGAGGAAUGUGGGAUCCUGAAGGUUCCUGGAAUCAUUACAGAAGAAAGUUCUGAUCCUUCCUUCGUCUCCAUAUAUGGAACCGAGUUUUUCAGUUAUCUAGAGAGGAAUCCAGAGCUGUGGGAUACUACUUUCAAGAGGUUUCACUUCUUGGUUUUCCCUUCAGGCGAAAAACACCGGGACAUGCAUCGUUACAGAGAUCUGCUGGGUUUCCUGGAUAUCCAUCUUAAGCUGAGGAACCUCCCUCCCCGAAGAGAGAUCGACCGCUUGAUAGAGGUCCACGGAACCAAGAACUUGUCCAGAGAUCUUCAACACGUUCUUAGGAGAGCAGAACAUCUUUGCUUCAGCAACAUUUCGUGUUUGAGCUGCUUGUCCGGUUUGGAUGUGAGUGCAAUGAAAGGCUGUUGGAUCGAAAAGUGCGAUGAACUAGAAUAUGUUUUCGAUCGGGAAGAGAACGGUCUUCGUCUGGGGAGGAAACUUGAAAUUCUAUGGGUAUCAAACCUUCAGAAAUUGAGCAGCCUUUACAGCGAUAACAUGCCAUUAGAUAGCUAUCAGAAUCUGAGGAAGCUGUAUUUGGACUGCUGCCCGAGACUGGAGAGGGUGUUCUCUCCGUCUCAGAACCCAAAGAGCCUUGAGGUUCUUCGCGUAAGUUUCUGUGACAGAUUGGUUAAUGUAUUCGAGAACGAGCCAGAGGAAGAAGAUCGGCAACUGGAGAACUCAUCGCUCAAGUUGUACCUGUUUGAACUGCCAAUGCUCAAACGAACAGGGGUUAUGAUAGAGUGUCUGGCGUGGCUCGAGCACAGUGAAUGCCCGAGACUUGAGGGAGUUCAGAAUCAACAGUCUCGAUUGAUAUGAACACCAGAAAAAGCACCGGAAGGAGUAACUCAGUUCCUUUUGAAAUAAAUGGCCUUCUUGAGCUGAGAUGAGUCUUGAUACAUAUACAAUCAGAGCGGGAAGAUUCGAGAACCAAAUAGCAACCACACGGCGAGAGUUAUUGGCAUCAAUAGACAUCGACUAUCGAUGUCCAUGAAGGCUAGUAGAAACUCAGCAGACAUCUAUUUUUCGCAUUAUUUUCUAUGAUCUACUCAUAUGUACAAGCUGCUCGAACCGCUUAUGAAGAUUCCAUGCAAAAUCCCGAGCAUUUCUUCAAUGUCUCAAUUCAAAAGGCAAUACGUUACCGUUGUUAAGGUUAUGUAUAAAUAUAGAAAAUUAUAAAGGCUCAA